AUGUCUAGCCACCGGUCCGGCUCAACGCUCACUCAUACCAGACUGGGCAAGUUGGGCCAGGAGUUGCUCUCGGAGAUCGUAGAGAAAAUGACCGAAGUUUGCGAAAAGUUCCGAGAUGUUUCUGGCUCAUCCUUUCUCGCUUCGGUUUCGCAAGUGUCUUCUACCGAGAGAGAGAUGCAACGACGAAGGAUUCUGGAGCACAGGAGAGUCAUAAAUCAUCAUUUCGGAGUGUUGUCGAUGAUUUAUCGAAAGUUGAGCGACCGGAUUCCAUGUAAAGAAACUAGCUUGAAGGGACUCAUCCCUUUGAUCGACGGAGAGAAUGUAAAAGAGCCUCAAAGAACAAAGCAAAUUGAGGAGCUCCGUGCUGAGCGAGAUCGACUUCGAGUCAUUGUUCAGAUGAAAUCUGAGCAGAUGGGAGAGGCGCUCAGAAUCAUGCGUCUUUUGCUUCAAGACAUCAACAUUGAUUCUGGAUGCAAAGUUGAGUCUCGCCCAAAGGUCGGCAUCAACCCAAUGAAAAACUGA